CAACUGCAGUUCAAAUUAUCAGUGUGCCCUGAUGAUCAGUGUAGCCCCAGCAGUGCCACCUGCAAGUGUCCAUCAGUGCCUUAUCAGUGCACAUCAAUGCCACAUAUCAGUGCCCAUCUGAGCUGCCUUUCAGUAUCACCCAUCAGUGCCAGUCAGUGCCACCUAUCAAUGCCAAUCAGUACCACCAGCAUCAGUGCGCAUCAGUGCCGCCUAACAGUGCCAUAUAUCAGUGCUGCCUUUCAGUACCCAUCAGUGAUGCCUGUCAAUGCCCAUCAGUGCCACCACCUACCAGUGCCUCCUCAUCAGUGCCCAUCAGUGCCACCUAUCAGUGCAGCCUAUCAGUGCCCAUCAGUGUAGCCUCAUUAGCGCACAUCAGUGA